CCUUUACACUGCUAUUGCUAUAAGUGACUCAUGCUGUAAUAUGAGUCAUUUUUCGUACUAGUUGAAGGAUUAAUGUCUGUGAGUAUUGCUAUAUUAUUUGUGUAUAUGUGUCACUCCACUAUUUGUGUUCAAGUAUGUAAAGUAAAGAAAGCUUUUUUAAGGCAACGCCACGUGGUUGGUUGAAAUGCGAUAUGUGGAACUUGCUUUGUUAGUCAUGUUUACUUUGAUUCUAAACUUCAACGGCAAGUAGCAUUAAUCAGCAUGAAGCCUCAUUUGUUUUCCAAUAAUCUUUUACUGUCUCCCAAAUUACCUCAGAUGACAAUUCAUAGCCUUGUUGCUCUUUAAUCUGCGGAUUUUUUGAGAUUGGAUCAAUAGAACCUCUGCAAUCCAUAUUUGGAUCCUCAUUUGUGUUAAUACAUGAUGGAGCAAGAAUCACUUUCACACCGUGGACUGAAUUCUUAACAAUACAUUUACUGAUUACCAUGAUCAUCCCCAUCAAUUAUCCUGGGGCUCAAUUUGAAGGUACAACCAUGACUAAUCACAAGUUAAUUGCAGCGAAGUUGGACAUUUAUAGAGCUAUAACUAUGCCUAGCAGGAAUUCUAAACAAAAAUGAUUCCUGUCUUUAAUUUAGGGAAGACCGAUCAAGGUUGCGACAAGAGGUCCAGGACCUUCAUACAUCGGUUAAGGUAUGUGCUUUCUUCACAUUUCACUUCACUUCAAACUUCACUUUAAACUGCACAGUCAUUUGUGUUCAUUUAAAUAUUUAUUUGAUUCGCUUUUGUCAGGUCUAAAUACCAUCAGACAUUUAACCACACGGUGGAAGGAAGAGGAGAAAAGAACCAGAACAGGUUUACUCGCGAGGAGAACGAUAGAGAGAGGAAACUCGGUUACAAUCUCAAAAUCAAAGUCAAAGUCUGCUUUAUUGUCAACAUCGUCACAUGCCGAGACGCACAAAGACAUCGAAAUUACGUUUUCCCUAUCCCCCGGUGACAAAUCAUAUUACACGAUAUGUCUGAAGACGUAUUACAAGUAAACAACGCAAUAUAAAAAACAAGAAGGCACAAUCUCCAUCAAUUCUGAGUUCUCCCUCCACGUGCUCCUCUAUUUAAUGUUUUGGUUGCUCUGCUUACAGAGGCGUUGCUACACUAAAGGGAGGGAAGAUUGUGUCUGUAGCAACGUUGAUUAGCUAAGGAAUGUAGUGUGGUGUGAAUUAGCACUUCAUUGUCGGCCCGUGACCCCCGCAGAGUUUGUCCAUCUGUUCUUCUCCAGCUGUUGGCCGAGUAGUCCGCGAGUGAGAUCAGAUAACUUCAAUUGCCCCUUUCCUGUGGAACAAUGCAACUCAACCUUGGCUAGACUUUAUCUACUUAGUAAAUUAACACGCAAUAAGAAUGAGUGACUUGUCCUAAACACUUGAACAAACAUUGAGUAAAUAUGGGAUAACUUGUAACAAUCUAUGAACCAAACCUACAGUUAACUAAAAGGAAUGAAGUUUCUUUCAACCAAAUAAGAACAUUUCGCCUAUGCAAAUAAGCUCUGCUCAUUGUUAGUGAAGGCCUCUUACAGGAACAAAAACACACAGAUAACAUAAGGACAGGAAGGAUACAUAUAUGGCUGACAGGGAUCAAAAGACAUCCCUGUCACUAAAGAGAAAGAACCUAGAUAAAAGGAAAGCCAUAAACUCGUAAAUGACAAGGCUUUACUUCAAUGAUUCCAACAGCUUUCUAUUUAGGAAGAAAGAUGGUUUUCCGGGGAGCUGAAAAAAGAAUUAGACAAAGUCCAAGGAGACCUGAAGCAAGUAAUUCCUUCAAGAUGUUUCACCUUGUGUUAAAGAGGCUUCACUCAUUAGAAAUGUUGUGAAAUAGUUUGUUAUCAACACUGUGGGGAUGCUUUGUCUUGUGGUAUGGUGUCACAAUGUUUUCCCUCAAUCCCACAGAAUGACGGACAGAUGAGCUCAGAGGAUUCAGUACUAGAAAUGAAGUUAAAGGGAUCUGAGACGGUGGCCCGGCUGGCCGCAGAGAUAGUAGAUAUAAAGUCCCGUUAUGACAAAGAGAAGAGUUUAAGGGAAGCUGCUGACCAGAAGACUGAGCUGCUUCAGCAAGAGAAUGAGAAACUCCAGACUGAACUGCAAGCCACAGAUGAGCAGGUGGCCACCCUGAGGCGCAAAGUUGACGACACGACGGCAGCCAUGCAGGAGCUGGGCCGAGAGAACCAGUCCCUCCGGGUUAGUGAGCCACAGAGCCUACCUUUUCAGAGAAGAGCUGCUUCAUAUUUGCUGCGUUUGGUUCUUACGAUUAAGCAGUCCCAGAGUCUUGCCAGGAAAUGGGCAGAGGAUCACGAGGUGCGGAACUGCAUGACGUGUCACAAAGGCUUCUCUGUCACUGUCAGGAAGCAUCACUGCAGACAGUGCGGAAAGAUUUUCUGCGCCGAGUGUUCGUCAAGGAAGGCCUUGAUGCCGUUCUCCACAAAACCCGUGCGGGUUUGCGAGACGUGUUUUGAGGAGCUGCAAGGCUGAGUCAACUCUCAAGGCAAAAACAUGGGAUUUCAUGAAUCGGUUCAUUUUUGUGCAGCUUUUGACACCUCUGAUGGCUGAUCAGUUACUGCAUGUUGCCUUUGUGUGGCAGCCCAUUUGUGUGUGCGUGCGCACGUUUAUCUGUUGACAUUGUUGUAUAUGAUGACCAAAGAAUGUGAGGAGAGGAAAAACUCAAGUUUCAUGUUUCAGUUAAAUCAUCUUGUCAAGUUCAGUUCUUAACACAGCACUGCACGCCGUGGCUGACAUUCUUUUAUCGUGCCACAUUUCUAUUGUGCGUGUUAAUGUCUUUAAAAGAGGUGGUGCUUGUUUUUUUUCAUGUUCUUUUGUUUGCGAGUGUGGGUUAAGUGUCAGGAUGCACAUUGCACGACCUGCAGACUUUAAUGCUCAAUUUAUGUCUCGCGCUUGUAAGAAUUGAAAUCUUUAUUUAAGUUAUGACUCCACUUGUCAAUCAUUCGUUAGUUCUUUUAAGCACUGAAGCAGGCUGCAAAAACGUAUUACAAAAAAUGUAUAUUUUGGCAUCACGCUCCAACUUAGAAUAUUUCACAACCGGUUCCUUUUUGUCUACCUCAAAUGGGUAGGGGAAGGGGAGCUUUAUGUCAACCUUCAAGACGUCAUGUCAUAUAGACUGCAGUACCUAAUCCUAUUCAUAGCUCCCUUUCUCAUUGUAGUGCUACUACAAGAGUCAGCAUUUCUGUCCCUGAAAGGAAACGUCAAAUUGAGCUGGUGCAGUAUUAGUAUUUUUUUUUAACCAAGCACCACCACAGACUUGUAGAUUAGACACUCUGUCAUUCUUUUCGUUCUUCCAGUCUGCUGUCAAACAUGUUAAGCAGCAAAACAAUGUCUCGUGGUAUGAAGGGUUUGAUUUGAUGGUUGUGGGUGAAGGUUUAUGCCUUCACGCACUGUUACCUUUGUUUAGGUGGGCCAACAUGUAUUAAAUAGUGAUAAGAAAUAUUUUGUAAUGCACACUCACUUGAAUCAGUUCAUUUUCUAAUUCCUGGCAAUGAAAAACGUAAAUAAAACAUUCAUAAUUCUG